GCGAAUGCCCUUUUUUCUCUCUGGUUUCUCUGACGCGGGAUUUUUCUUACAGGAGCUGCCGCCGCCAGUGACCACCUCGCCGCGUGAAUCGUAUGGAGUCGCCGGCAAUGGCGGCUUCCUCCACGUUCGAGCCGUCCCCGGACAUGGAGCGGUUCCUCUGCGAACGGCUGCUGGACGCGAAGCAGCCCAUCGCCGAGCGCUUCCGGGCGCUCUUCUCCCUUCGCAACCUUCGCGGGGACGCCCCACGCUGUGCCCUCCUCCAAGCCGCAAGGGAUUCUUCAAACUUGCUUGCCCAUGAGGCUGCAUUUGCACUUGGGCAAAUGCAGGAUGCUGAGGCUAUCCCUGCAUUGGAGGCAGUUCUCAAAGAUCUUUCACUACAUCCAAUUGUCCGCCAUGAGGCUGCUGAAGCUCUUGGAGCUAUUGGCCUGGAAAAGAGUGUUCCCCUGUUGAAGGAGAGUUUAGCCGCUGAUCCUGCUGUGGAGGUACAAGAAACUUGUGAGUUGGCACUAAGACGGAUAGAAGAGCAGAAUAAAGUGAGUGGUGCUGAGAGUACAACCAUUUCACCAUUUCUCUCUGUUGAUCCAGCACUGCCUACAAUGCAUGGACUUUCAGUAGAUCAACUAAGGGAUCUUCUCCUCAAUGAGCAAGAAACAAUGUAUGAACGUUAUGCUGCUCUUUUUGCACUUAGGAAUGAUGGUGGAGAUGCUGCUAUUUCUGCUAUUGUUGCAGCUCUCGGUGUCAAAAGUGCUCUUCUACGCCACGAGGUUGCUUAUGUGUUAGGUCAGCUGCAAAAUAAAGCUGCUUCGGAUGCACUCUCUACUGUCCUGAAGAAUGUCUGUGAGCAUCCAAUGGUCAGGCAUGAAGCUGCUGAAGCCCUUGGCUCGAUCGCAGAUCAAGAAAGCGUUGCACUUUUGGAGGAAUUUGCGAAGGACCCUGAGCCAAUAGUCUCUCAGAGCUGUGAAGUAGCUCUCAGUAUGCUUGAGUAUGAGAGGUCAGGGAAGUCCUUUGAGUUUCUUUUUCUGCAGACUCCUCGUGCGUAGUAGGAGUCGUCUCGUUGCAGCUUCCUGUUCAUCGAUCACCCAAUGUGAAGCGACUGAAAGCUUGGCUAACGUGAUCACACUAGGCAUAUUUCCACGGGCUUUGAUGAUACGCUUGUCCUGAUAGAAUCCUUUUUAAAAAAAAUAAUUACUCGUAAGGGGUACGAGCGUGCAAACACCGUAUUAGAGUAAAUAAAUGUAUAUGUUGGAGUUACCGAAAAAAAAACAUAUGUUGGAGCUUAACAAAUUGUGUGAUGGCAUGGAUUUCCAAUUGUUCA